ACCCCAUUAAAGCACUGUCAGAAGAACUCCAGUUGCCGCGUCUUCCUUGCUGGCGAGGCGGGCGCGACAGGCUAUGAGAAUCAUAUAUGGAAGGCUAUAGAUGAGACUGAUAAGGAAGAGAGUAGAGAAAGAGAAGUAGAGAGUUAUCGGGGGUUCAUGAUGCCCCCGAUAUGACUGCGUCCCCAGGCAGAUAUGACCGGGUCUCCAGGCAGCGUGCAUUGCAAGAGAUGGAAGAGACAAAGACACAGACAUACAAAGUAAGGUGAAAGGGGGUGGCUAAGUCAGGGGACUACCAGCAUUCCUGUGAGCCAGGUGGUACUGACUGAAGUCUAGCGCCCAUUUUUAUUCUCUCUUUCAUGCUAUAGAUCACAGUGAUUUCAUGUAAAAAGACAUGGGUUACAAUGUGUAGAAGUUUCAAGGCUCCCCUAAAAGUCACAAGAUGCCUUAGCUAAUUACUCUUUUAUCUAUAGAAGCAGGAACACAUAGCUCAUUAAUAAGAACAAUUACACCUUAAGGUAUGUAUAGGUACCUCUGAACUCAGCAUCUGUGGCCCAUUCGAUUGAGGAACACAGAGAUUUAGUACUUCUUACUGGGAGGUUAGCUUCCCAUUAACUGAAGCAUUCUACUGAAAAAGAGGAGGGAAGGAACUCAGUUUGAGGUUUUUUAAGAAUUGGAGCCUGACAUUCCUUCUCCCGGGCUGACAUUUUGCAAUCUUCCUUUAUAGCUGUGUGUAGGUUUCAUGUCAAGCCACUCCAUGGCUUUUUAGGCAUGAGACCCCUCAGGCUUUAAGGUGGAGGUCUGCUUUGAUAUAUUCCCAGGUCGCUGGAAUGUCCCCCAACUAGGCAGUUAACUUCUGCCUUUAUCCCCGGCUCCUGCUCAGGCAGCAUUCCUUCUCCUAUCCUCCCAUGGCCUCAGAAAUGGGUCUCUAAGCCCCAGUGGUCUUAUUCCCAUCAGAGAGUAGACUGUAAAUCUCAGAAAAGUACAUGUCCUUAGAUGCCAAAAAGCAAAUUAUUCCAUUGUUCCAGCAGAAGUUGGCAGCACCUAUUUCUCAGUAGACACAGGGACCAGGAUCCUUUGUUCUCCAUGCAUUUUACAUUUGUUACUAAAUCAUAAUCUUUAGAUUCCAUCAGUAAAGCCAUUACUUGCUUUUUAAGUUGACUACAGAGUGAAUAGAAAAGUCCUAGAUGCUUGCCAGAGGGAAAAUCAAUCCAUUGAUUAGUAGGCAAACAAGCUAGUAUAAAGGUAGGAAAGCCCACAUAUCAAGAGACAAAAAGUGCAGGGAGAUCAGGGUGUAAGAAAGAGACUCAACCUCCCUCUGUGUGCCCUAACCCUUGGCUCUGCCACUGUGUCCAGUGUGUCGGUGGGCAGUAGAAAAUCAGCACCAUGAAGAUCCUGGUCUUGGUCUUAGCUUGUCUACAUCUCUCAGAAGGUGUGGAAAGGUAUGUUUUGGGUUUUGGCUUCAUUGUGAAUUCUAGCCUCCAGAGAGCAUGACAAGCUAGGGAAGAGCAAAGGCCUUCCUCUGCAGGCCUCCUGGGGAUCCAGUCUGGUUGUCUUUUGGCACUAUGAACUGAACACCCGCUGGGAGCCAAGGCUUGAAAUGGAUGGGGAUUGUGUGUGUGUGUGUGUGUGUGUGUGUAAGGGUGGGUGUUUUGUUGGUAAAGGAGGAAGGAAGCACAAUCCCUGUGCCAAGCUUAUAGGAAGGACUUGGAAGAAACAGACAUUUAUCCUCUGAAAACAAAAUAUAAGCACAAAAUCUUGAAAAUAUGGUAUAGGGCAUUUCCAUGCUGGGAAUGCUGGAGUGAAUUCAGUGGUUAGAGGUUGCUAAAAUCUGGGAGAAUUCCCUCUAAGAGGCUCUACUUGAGUACUGAAGAGAUUUGAAUAGUGCAGUUCAGAUCAUUGAAGGAAUUGCUUUAAUGGGGCCAAGGGGAAGCCUAUUCCUUUUGUUUUCUCUAUUCUCUGAAGAAUCAUUCUGAGGAAAAGCAAGUCUAUCUACCGGAUGAUGGAGGAGCAGGGUGUACUGGAGCAGUUCCUAAGGAACCACACAAAGGUUGAUCCAGCUGCCAAGUAUCAUUUCAAUAAUUAUGCUGUUGUUUAUGAGCCCAUCACCAACUACAUGCAUGAUUUCUACUUUGGAGAUAUCAGCAUUGGGACACCACCUCAAAAUUUCAUAGUCCUCUUUGACACGGGCUCCUCCAACCUUUGGGUGCCCUCCAUCUACUGCACCAGCGAUGCCUGCUACAGGCACAUGAUGUUCGACCCCACCAAGUCCUCUACCUUCAAAGUGGGUAAGGAGAUGUUUACCUUGCGCUAUGGGACUGGCAGCCUGAGAGUGGCCGUGGGAUAUGACACCGUGGCUAUUCAGGACAUCACUGUCAAUGGCCAGGCGUUCGGCCUGAGUUUGUAUGAGCCCACCAUCCCCUUCUACUAUAUGAAGUUUGAUGGGAUCCUGGGAAUGGGCUACCCAGCCAUUGCGGUGGGGAGUUCCCCAACAAUCCUGCAGGAGAUGAUACAGCAGGGCCAGCUCACUGAGCCCAUUUUCAGCUUCUACUUCUCUCGCACACCAACCCAUCAGUACGGUGGAGAGCUCAUCCUGGGAGGUGUGGACUCCAAAUUUUAUUCUGGCCAGAUUGUCUGGACCCCUGUCAUCCAGAAAACGUUCUGGCAGAUUGCCAUCCAGGUAUUUUCCAUGGGCAAUGAGACUGCUGGCUGGGGCACCCACGGCUGCGAGGCCAUCGUGGAUACCGGCACCUACCUGUUGACUGUUCCCAUGCAGUUCAUAGGCUUCAUCGUGCAGUUAACAGGAGCCCAGCAGAUUCAUACCGGUGACUUUAUUGUCGACUGCAACAAUGUGCAGAGCAUGCCCCCCAUGGUCUUCGUCAUCAGCGGGGUCAGAUUCCCUCUGCCUUCCUCCGCCUAUGUCCUCAAUAAAAAUGGUUCCUGCAGCCUCGGGAUUCAGGGCACCUACCUGCCUUCCCUCAAUGGGAAGCCCUUGUGGAUUCUGGGAAAUGUCUUCUUCAAGGAAUAUUACUCUGUCUAUGACAUUGCUAACGACAGGGUGGGCUUUGCCUUCUCUGUCUAGGCUAGCCAGAGACAGCUGUCUUCACCCUUCUCUGCAGGACUCUGAGAUUACUCUGUUGUUUCUGUGGGCCGAUGGCAGCAUUUUUCACAAUCCUGACUCCUUCUGCUCACUGGAGUCUCACUUUCUGCAACUAAUAAAUCAGGAAACUCCAAAUGUCUGUGUUGUUCAUUCCACAGUGUCUUUUCUGAUGUGUUCUGCUUUUAGAAUAGUAGUUUAUUCUAAGUCCAAAAUUAGCAACAGUUAUUACAGGGGAUCAAUUAAUUGAUCAAUGGGAGAGAAAAGAGGGAGGAAGGUCUCUGAGUAUGAAACUGCAGCAUGUAUGUAAAGGACACGGUAUCUCCAUGGGGGCUCUGGUUGGAGGUUUUCACCCCUCCUAGUACUCUCUUCCAACUUUGUCUUUUUUCUCCAUCCUUAGAAAAGAACAUGAACCAGAGCAAUUACUGAUUCAAGAAGAAUAUAAAAGGGGAAAGAAAACCUUCCA